ACGGCGAUCAAGCAACCAUUGCACUGCGAAGUCAUUCUCGAGGAGUUUUUGUAUUAAGUAUAUGUUGCUCGUCGCUGCUGCCCCCUGACGAUGCUGCUUUGCGGCUGGAUCGGUCUCGUUCGUCGUCUUCGUAGCGCCGUUCGCGAGGCCUCUCGCUCUCGAGGCGCGACACGAGGUGGCUCAGGCAUGCGAACCUCGGCACGGUGCGAAGAGCCCAUCUCGAACAGGCCAGCUUGCCGCAGUUGCCCGCCAGCCCGCCAGCAUGCCAUCGACGCGCUCCACGAUCGGAUCCACGGGCUUGCGCGCCAGGCAUCGCUUGACCACGUGGGCACCGGCGUGGACCAGCUGGCCGGACACAUGCAGGCGUUCCGCCACGACGUCGCCGCCAGUACCACUGCCCUCGACGACUUCAGAGACGAAACUCGACAGAAUGCGACUGCCAGAGAACAAGCAGACACCCGCACGCAGCUAUGUCCGGAAGAGGGAGUUGCUUGUGUUCGAGUUACUGACAGCCUGGACAGGAAAUGCUCCGCAUCAUCCGACAGAACCUCCUCGACCACACGGCCCCCGAUCAGAUUGCCGGGGCUGUCGAGCCAUGGCGCCCCUCGCCGAAGCCGCCAUCCAAAUCGCGCACUCCCUCCACCACCUCCGCCCGACGGAGGCGCGCCGCAUCCGCGACCCGACCACGAACCGCCGCGUCGACAUGGUCGUGCAGGCGCACCCGGAGCCCGAGGGAUAUGCAAGGGAGGCGGAUAUCAGCACGUUGGCUGAGGAGAUGGAGUUUGCGGGGUGGGAUGUGGACGGGUGUCCAACUUGCCUUUGAGGCAAGUUCCGUCAGAGUGGGUUCACCGGAACGCUAGGUGCUGUUUGCGGUCUUGCAGCCUGAAGCCUGGGCGGGAGAAUAGCGUAUCUAUGCUCCUUGCUGACUAGCGUAUGAGAAUCUGGCUGAACGAGCGAGUGGCCCGGCCGGGUAAGAGAACCGGGCAAUCCUACUCGGUGAGUCUAUUUUAGCUAGGCCAGCCUUGGCGCAAAAGAGAGGGGCCACAUGUGCUUGGGU